AAGAGAUCCUCGUAGAGAACGACAACAUGAGCAAAUGCACGACGAGCUAAAACCCCACCAUUCGCUUUCCCCGUUUCCACUGAGCAGACUAAUGUGGACAACCUUGCAAAGCAUAACUAAGUCACAGAACACACCUUUGCAGGCUGCGGCCACCCACACCCAUAGUAGAAUGGAGAGAUGGCUUUCGGCUUUGCUCCUCCUCCUGGCAAUGCCGGUCGAAGCAGCGUAUGUCGGCGGUGGAGUCAGCAUCGGGAUCGGCGGCGGCAAUGCUGGAGUUGGCAGCGGGCGUGGAGGCGGAGCGGGCAGUGUCUGGAUCGGUGGAGGGAUCGACACCCCAGCUUCAUCAGGUUCGAGGCUGAGCAAUGCCUACACAGCUCUUCAGGCGUGGAAAUCAGCUGUCACCGAUGAUCCAAACAAGGUUGUGGGGACUUGGGUUGGCUCCGACGUGUGCUCGUACAAGGGUGUGUUCUGCUCCGAUUCUCAAGACGGAAUGGGUCCUUUUGUUGCGGGCAUAGAUCUCAACAAGGCAAAUGUUCGGGGAACUCUCGUCAAAGAGCUGUCUUUGCUCACUGACCUGACCCUCCUCCACCUCAACAGCAACAGAUUCUCAGGCUCGGUCCCCAACACUCUCGGAGAUCUCUCCUCUCUACAGGAGCUAGACCUCAGUAAUAACCAGUUCUCAGGCCCUUUUCCUGCAGUUGUUCUUGAAAUGCCAAGUCUCAUUUACUUAGACCUCAGAUUUAACAGCUUCUCCGGCUCAAUACCAGAAGACCUCUUCAACAGGAAACUUGAUGCUAUAUUCGUCAACAACAACAACUUUGAAGGCGAGCUUCCUCAGAGCCUGGGCAAUUCUCCAGCUUCAGUGAUCAAUUUGGCCAAUAACAAGUUCAGUGGAAGCAUCCCGGCUAGCUUCGGUCUGAUGGCCUCCAAACUGAAGGAGAUUCUUUUUCUGAAUAACCAGUUAUCAGGAUGCGUUCCCGAGGGAGUCGGGUUGUUCACAGAGAUGAAAGUCUUCGACGUGAGCCACAAUUCAUUGAUGGGUCAUUUGCCCGACACGCUCUCGUGCUUGAGCCAGGUCGAAGUCCUGAACUUGGGGCACAACCGGCUGUCGGGGGAAUUACCCGACCUGGUCUGUUCGCUCAAAAGCCUCAUGAACUUGACAGUGGCCUACAAUUUCCUGUCUGGUUUGAGCCAAGAAUGCACGAAGCUGUUCUUUAGGAGCGUGGGCUUCGAUUUCUCGGUCAACUGUAUUCCUAAUAAGGACAUGCAGAGGCCUCAACCAGAGUGUUCUUCCACGCCAGGAGGAGGGCUGAGUUGUCUAAGGAUACCUUCGGCGCAGCCCCUUGUCUGUGGUGCGAUGGCCGUUCUCUCCGGGACAGCUGCAGAUCCAGCAUCCAAGUCACCAUGAGCCGAGGAUCACCCAACUAUCAACAGGUUGGUUAUGGCUGUCCUGAAACUAAUGACUGAGUAUCAUUAUUCAGAGCAUACUGUCUUGAUUUUCUGAUACGCUAGUUUAAACUUUCCGUGGGAGGUGCAGUGGAUAAGAUAUGCCUUCAAAUUGAUGGGGUUUUGUGAGCCUAUAGGUUUU